AUGCCCCCUCAAGUAAAGUCAAAGGCCCAAAAGGCCGCGGCCGCCAUGGCUGGUUCGCGAGCUGGCAAGAAGAAGAAGUGGUCCAAGGGGAAGGUUAAGGACAAGGCGCAGAACGCCGUUGUGCUCGACAAGCCAACAUACGAGCGUAUCAUCAAGGAGGUCCCCACCUACAAAGUCAUCUCCCAAUCCACUCUCAUCGACCGAAUGAAGGUCAACGGCUCCCUCGCCCGCCGCGCCAUCGCCCACCUCGAGAAGGAAGGCCUCAUCAAGCGGGUCGUGCACCACCACGGCCAGCUGGUUUACACACGGGCUAUCGCCGCUAAGGACUAG